AUGCGAGUUGAGUCGUGUCUGGUUGUAUUGCUACUUGGAGUGAUCCUCAGUGAUCGUUUUGCUGCUGGAGAGGAUCAGGCUGAUAAAUCAUGGAUAACCCAGCUGAGGAAGCUACGAACAGAUCUUCGAGACUGCUAUCAAUCGGGAGCAUCACAAAGUCUCUGGUCUUGCUUCCGCUCAAGGAGUUUGCACAUCUUCGAGGGCAUCAUGUCCUCUCCGGAGAUUUCAAUCUACGAUGGAGUACGCCUGGUAGCUGCUUCUAAUGUUACGGGGAACUCUUCAAGCCCUCAGGAUGAGCGGAAAGACUUAAAGCACUUAACCUGGUUUGAUCAGUUGGCAGUGAGUCUGGCCAAGGGCUUAACCACCCACACUUUGCAAGUGAACUUGGGAAAACUAACCGAACGGUAUUUGAGUAGCGAGACUUCUUCUAACGACCCUGUGGGAAGUGCCCGACUGAGAAGACAUCGUUAUAACAUGAUUAUAACCAUGAUGUUUGGUGUGACUGCUUUGGGAGCUAUCUUGGUACCAAUGGGCUUCCAAAUGCUGUCCAUAGUAAGCGGCAAAGCUCUAUUAUUAGCCAAGAUGGCCCUGCUCUUAGCCUCUAUUAAUGGAUUAAAGAGGGUAGCCAACAAUGGACUGCAUUAUGGACUCUACCAUGUACCAGGAGAGCAUUUAGGUGGUUACUAUGACCGAGGAGAUGUAAGCCAUCCUAGAAAUGUGCCCAUUCCAGUAGCUGUAGCUCCGACCUUGGAUGUAGGAUUGAAAUGA